UGCAAGUGAUCUUUAAGGCUUGGGCCAGAUUCCUGGAUAGGGCAAGAUGAUGUUACUGCGCAAUUCAACACCAGCCGACUUAAAAAAAUUCAAUUUCUUAUUUGUUGCCACACCACUCUACUUUUACAACAUCGUCUUCAUGUCGCCAUGUCGAAAACGGACUACCAGUAUAACGAAAAGUCAGAUCUAGAUAAAGUACAAUCCCAUACAGAAACCAUCGUAUCGAUCGAUCGAAACAGUACCGUCUAUAGCGAGGUAUCUACAGUAUGCCAAGAUAAAGACUUUCUGCCAGUAACGGAUGAAGACAAAGUUGCUGGUCAACUAUGGUUGCAAUAUAUACCUCGUUGCCAUCCAGUAACUGGUGUUCCUGUCCAAACCACCUUUGCUGGAAAGAAGCGGCGAAAAUAUCGAGGUUUCAGAGUCUUUAUCCUGUGCACGUGCAUCAUUUCGAGCGCAACGAUGACAAUAUUUGGGCUUUUCAAUUAUCAACUUCAGGCGCCAAGACAAGUAAUCUCGAUUUACUAUGGCUUGCUUUCCUUAGCCUCUUUGCUGUUUUCAUUCUGUAUCGCAAGCAUUAUCUCAGUGUCUAUUGACAAGAGCCGUGGGUUGAUACCGCCAUUCAUACGCAGAUUGGAUUUGAUUUAUAUUCUCUCCUGUGGCCAGUGGAGUGUCAUUCGAACACUCUGUACAGCAAACCAAAGCUACUUCAGCUCAUUAGUGACCAACAUUACACAGACCUUGAUCUCUCAAAUCUUCAAUAUGGCUUUCAUUGGAGGCGAUGUAUUCCAGCAAUAUGUCACCCUUAUUGCCUCUAUAGCCUCUUGGUACAGCGUUGUACCCGUCUUGAUUGGUACAUCGUUUGCCGCGACCUACUUAUUUUGCAUCAUCGGUCGAACUGUCUACUUUCCAUCCGAUCGAGACGCUGUAAGACGGUUUGUUCUCGGCGCCCAACCAGGAAGCUAUGUCGUUGGCCCUACUAUGAACAGCUGUGUUCACCGAAUUAGGGAAUCAUAUAAUGCAAGACAUCGCAAAUGCGACAGGUUUGGCAACAGAAAGGAUAUGGAAAACACUUCAGCAAACUACGAACAGGAAGUUCCUCUUGCAGGAUGGGAGGCUGUCCAUAGUACAACUGACCGUGCUGUAAGAACAAAGAAUGUUCAAAUGUACGUUUUAACAAACGGUUCGACUGAAGAAGUUCAGCAUGCAGUACGUUGGGCUAUUAGAACACACGAGAACGUGUAUCUACAAGGGCGUUUCGAAUGUGGAUUAUGCGCCUGCUCGAUGGCUCAGCUUCUCCGAUGUAGCUACGUUAUUGUUCAACACUCCAACUCCAACCCCCCACAACCAUCGAGAAAGGAUAGAAGUCAAAGACUUUACAAGCAACAUCCAAACAUCUUCUUACCAUGGCGCUGGUUUUCACAUGCGUAAACAUCACAGAUUACCAUCACCAUUACAACAACUAUAUUCUUUUAAACAAGCAUUUACAAUACUGACGUUGGCAGUGCUUUAUCCUGUAUUCCAGCCUCUAAAUUCCUAACCGCCAUGAGACCCAU